UCUCCCGAUCGUGAAGACGUUAUGUCGUCCAGAGAUUGUAAAGCAAGUAUGAACAGGUUCGAUGUAAACAAUACAAGAGCUGCCUGGAAUGUACAUGACAAUAACACGGAGGAUCAGGGAAGGAAUACGAGUAAAACUACGCCCAAGUCGUGUGUGAGAAUUUCAUCCUCGACUAUCGACAAUGAAGGUUACACUAUUGUUGACAUUUCUGACGAUGUCCCUUGCGCCUAUAAAGUCCAGAGAAAUACAAACGGAGCAUUGCCAACUAUUCAAGAAAAAAACAAUGAAGUAUCUACCAAACACACGAGCAAAGGUUUAACAAACAUCCGAUGUAAGUCUAACG